AUGGGAAGCACCACCAACGGCCAUGGCCCCUCGGGUGCCGAAGAAGCGGUCACGGAGCCCAUCGCCAUAAUCGGGCUGAGCUGCAAGUUUGCAGGCGACGCGAACAACGCCCAAGGCUUCUGGAAGAUGAUGGCCGAGGGGCGCAACGCCUGGUCCGAGCCUCCGCUCUCGCGAUGGAACGCCAAGGGCGCGUACCAUCCGGACCAAGACAAGCUGAGCACGACCAGCGUCAAGGGCGCGCAUUUUCUGCAGGAGGACGUGGGAUGCUUUGACGCCGCCUUCUUCAGCUACUCGGGCAACCUGGCGGCGGCUGUCGACCCGCAGACGUCCUGCUAUACUGCUGUCUUUACCCACGACUAUCAUGACGGCCUUAUCCGUGACGAGGAUAACCUACCGCGCUUCCUGCACAUCGGCACGCCGGCGGCCAUGUCAGCGAACCGAAUCUCGCACUUUUUUGACCUCCGCGGUACCAGCUUCACGCUCGACACGGGCUGCUCGGGCGGCAUUGUGGCGCUGCACCAGGCAGUACUAGGCCUCCGAGCAGGCGAGGCCGACAUGGCGGUCGUGAGCGGGUGCAACCUCAUGUUGUCCCCAGACCAAUUCAAGACCUUUUCGUCCAUGGGCAUGGUCUCGCCUGACGGUAUCUCGUAUACAUUUGACUCACGUGCAAACGGGUAUGGUCGUGGCGAGGGCGUUGGGACUCUUGUUCUCAAACGUCUCAGAGAUGCUCUCAAGGAAGGCGACCCAGUGCGAGCCGUCAUUCGCGAGACGUAUCUGAACCAGGACGGCAAAACCGACACGAUCACGCUGCCGUCGCAGUCAGCACAGAUCGAGCUCGCGCGCGAGUGCUACCGACGCGCAGGACUCGACCCAAGAGGCACACAAUACUUUGAGGCACACGGGACCGGGACGCCCACCGGCGACCCCAUCGAGGCGCGGUCCAUCGCGGCGGUGUUUGGGCCCCAUGUUACAGGAAGAACCCAGCCGCUGCUUAUCGGGUCGGUCAAGACAAAUAUUGGCCAUACCGAGGCGGCCUCUGGUCUGGCGGCUGUAAUCAAGGUGGUGCUGGCCCUGGAGAAGGGCCAGAUCCCGCCCAGCAUCAACUAUAAGAAACCCAACCCCGAAAUGCGGUUCCAAGAGUGGGGGCUACAGGUGGCUACCGAGCUGGAGCCGUGGCCGGCAGCGGAGGAUGAGGCACGCCGUGCUUCCAUCAACAACUUUGGCUUCGGAGGGACCAACAGCCAUGUUAUCCUCGAGGAUGCCAAAUCUUUUCUUCCCAGCCCAUCACGAACAAACAAUGCCAACGGCCAUACCAGCGGCCACACCAAUGGCCACACCAAUGGCCACACCAAUGGCCAUACUAAUGGCCACACCGAACAGGAGGACCAGAGCAGCCAGGAUGAAGAGGACAGCGAGGUGCUCGUAUUCUACGGCCGCGACGAGCAGGCCUGCCAGCGCAUGGUCUCGGGCGUCAAGGAAUACCUGGAGGAACACCGCAGCACCCCAGACCCAGCCGGGCUGAUGCGAGACCUGAGCUUCACCCUCAACUCCCGCCGCACACGGUUCCCCUCGGGAUGGGUGUCGGCUCACGUGGUGCCGUACUCAGGCUCGGACCUCCACCUGGCCAUCGAGAGCCUGGAAGCGCCACAGUUCAAGCCGGUGCGCCUAGAAUCAAGGCCGCCUCGCAUCGGCAUGGUCUUCACCGGCCAGGGAGCUCAGUGGUACGGCAUGGCACGGGAGCUCAUCAGCACGUAUGCCGUCUUCCGGGCGUCGCUCGAUGAGGCCCAAGGCUACCUUGAAGAGUUCGGCGCCGAGUGGUCCUUGGUUGAGGAGCUGAUGCGCGACGCGGCUACGACGCGGGUCAACACCACGGCGCUCAGCAUCCCCAUCUGUGUAGCUGUCCAGAUCGCACUGGUGCGCCUGCUCAAGACGUGGGGGGUCGAGCCAGCCGCCGUGACGUCGCACUCGUCAGGCGAGAUAGCAGCCGCAUACGCGGUUGGGGCACUGAGUGCGCGCCAGGCCAUGGCUGCCGGCUACUACCGUGCUGCCCUUGCUGCCGACAUGAGCCUGAGGAGCGAGGGGCCCAAGGGCGCCAUGGCGGCUGUCGGCGUUGGAAAGGACAGUGCCACGUCCUACCUGGACAAUCUAACGCCUGCCAACGGCAAGGCAGUGGUGGCGUGCAUCAACAGCCCCAACAGCGUCACUAUCGCUGGCGACGAGGCCGCGGUGCAGCAAGUCCUGGACGAGGCCGCCAAGAAUGGUGUGUUUGCGCGCCGUCUCAAGGUUGACACGGGCUACCAUUCUCACCACAUGAUGCCUAUUGCGGAGCCCUACAGAAAAGCCCUCGGUGCGGCUCUGGCGCCGCAGGGUGAGGACGCCAACAAGAGACUCGAGGCCAUAUUCUCAUCGCCAGUCACGGGCGGCCGCGUUACGCACUCCAAGCAGCUCGCUGACCCGGACCACUGGGUCGGCAGCCUGCUCCAGCCUGUGCAGUUCGUCAGCGCCUUUACCGACAUGGUCCUCGGUGGCUUGGACGGGUCAUCGAGUCGUAGUAACAUCGAUCUAGUCCUCGAGGUCGGACCACACACGGCGCUGGGUGGGCCCAUCAAGGAGAUCCUCUCGCUGCCUGAGUUUGAAGGCUUGGACGUGCCGUACACAGGCUGUCUCAGGCGCGAGGAAAAUGCUCGGGCAUGCAUGCUCACCAUGGCUGCCAGCCUCAUCCGCAAAGGCUAUCAGGUCAUCAAUUUGGAUCAGCGGAGCGUAACCCCGCCUGGGCAGGGCCUGGAAGCCAAACCAAGCGUCCUGACCGACCUGCCUACGUACCCAUGGAACCACACCAUCAGGCACUGGGCCGAGGCCCGCAUCCACACGGCCUACCGACAGCGGAAUCAAGAGCCGCACCACCUGCUCGGCAUGCCGGUUCCGGGGGCCAACCCCGACGCAGCCACAUGGAGGCAGAGAGUGCGCGUCUCGGAGAACCGCUGGCUGGAGGAUCAUGUCAUACAAGGCGCCAUCCUGUACCCGGGUGCUGGUUUUGUAUGCUUGGCCAUCGAGGCGAUAAAACAGCAGCUUGCGGCAUCAGACCAGCAGGCGCCGGCGGGUUAUAAGCUGCGUCAGGUCGAGAUACACCAGGCGCUGGUGGUCCCGAGCAGUGCUGACGGCAUCGAGGUGCAGACGGUGCUCCGGUCUGUCAGUGACAAGGUGAUUGGCGCUCGUGGCUGGAAAGAGUUUGAGAUCUCGUCUGUGACGGCGGAAAGCCGCUGGACGCAACAUGCUAGGGGGUUGAUCAUGGCCGACCUCACAGUGCCAGGCCACAAAACGACGCCGAACGCCUUGGGCAGCUCGGCCUUUAUACGGCGCAUCGACCCUCAAGAUAUGUGGGCCAGCCUACGCCGGCUCGGCCUGAACCACGGGCCCUCGUUCCAGAACACCAAGAGCAUUGUGCAGGACGGCAGCGCCAGGGACGGGGUCCGGCUCGGCGUGACCACCAUUGGCGUUGCCGAUUGCGACACCCAGCAGGCCCAGAGCAGGCACGUGCUUCACCCGACCACGCUGGAUUCUGUCAUUGUCUCGACGUACGCAGCACUGCCCUCGGCCGGCGCCAACGACGAUGCUGCCAAGGUGCCGCGGUCGAUUCAGAACCUCUGGGUCUCGGCUGCCAUGCCCACUGCUGCUGGGCACGUCUUCACCUGCAACGCCAGGCUGGGCCAUGUCAGCUCGCAGAGCAUCCAGGCCGAUAUUUCUGUUGUCGACGGGGGACUUGGAGCGGGCCAGACCGUGCUGGAGGUGCAAGGGCUUGUGUGCCAGUCCCUGGGCCGCAGCGCCGCAGCCUCUGAUCAGGAGCAGCAGCAGCAACAGCAGCAGCAGGGACAGUGGGAUAAGGAGCUGGCCACCAAGAUUGAGUGGGCGCCCGACCUCCAGCUCUCCAUGAGCCUGCCUGGCGCGUCGCAGGCCGCCAGGACCAGGCUCAGUCCAUGCAGUGCGAUGGACUCCAAGGACAAGGCAGUGCUGAUGGGUCUGCGGCGGAUGUGCGUCUACUUCUGCCACGACGCGGUGCAGGCCCUCACAGACAAGAAUGUGGCCAACCUCGAGCCACAUCACGUCAAGUAUUACAACUGGAUGAGGAGUGUGCUCAGCCUCGCAGCAUCAUGCCGUCUGGGGCCCGACAGCGACACGUGGACGCGCGACUCGCAGCUCGUGCGGGACAGGAAUAUCGCCCUGGCCGAGGCGCAGAGCGUCGAUGGCGAGCUCAUUGGCCGUCUGGGCCCGUUGCUCGUGCCUUUGCUCUCUGGCGAGCAGGCGCCGCUCGAGGUCAUGACGCAGGACAAUCUGCUGUCCAGGUACUGCUCUGACGCCCUCAGGACCGCCCCAGGCUUUGCGCAGUUCACCCAGCUGCUGCGCACCGUCGUGCACAAGAACCCUCGCGCCCGAGUCCUCCAGAUCGGUGCCGGUGCUGGAGAAGCCACACGCCACGCGCUCAAGGCGCUGGGAACCGACAGCGAGGGCGGCCCGUUUGUGGACAGCUGGCACUUUACCGAUGUGGACUCGACCUCUUUCGAGGCCGUACGCGCCGAGCAUGCAACCCAGAGCAGAUUCUUGGAGAUACAGUUUGACCAGCUCGACAUUGACCAGGACCCAGCGGCGCAGGGCUUCCAGCUGGCAAGCUACGAUGUUGUGGUGGCCUGCCAGGCGCUGUACGCGGCCAAGAACGUCGCCCGCGCCAUGGCUCACGUCUACAGCCUGAUGAAGCCUGGGGCCCAGCUCCUGCUCAUGGAGACGACACAGGACCAUGUCGAUGUCCAGUUCAUACGUGGCCUGCUCCCUGGCUGGUGGCUGGGCAGAGAGGAGCCUGAGCGCGACUCCAGCCCUGCCCUGCCCACGUCGUCAUGGCAAGAGGUGCUCAAGAGUGCCGGCUUCAACGGCAUCGACGUCGAGCUCCGCGACCACGAAACCGACCAAGACAUGCACUCGGUCAGCAGCAUGUUGGCAUCAGUGCCCAUGCCGCCGCUGGAGCUGCCAGAGAACAGCGGCGUCGUCGUCGUCGCCAGCAACAAGGCGCCGCUCCCGGCUAGGUGGCUCCAGCUCCUGCGAGCAUCCAUCGCAGGCGUCACCGGAGGGUCUCUUCCUGCCGUGCAAACACUUGAGUCUCCAGAGAUGUCGUACAGAGACAAGUUCUGCGUAUUUGUCGGCGAGAUUGACCGGCCCCUGCUGGUCGACCUCGAUGCUGCGGCCCUGGAGGGCAUCAAGAUGAUGGCGACAACCUGCAGCGGCCUCCUUUGGGUGACACGAGGAGGCGCCGUCGAGUGCACAGAACCCAAGAUGGCCCUGGUAAACGGAUUUGCCCGCGUUAUCCGCAACGAAUAUGUGGGCCGCAGGUUCCUCACGCUGGACCUCGACCCCGAGCAGAACGCAUGGUCGCAGUCAGACGCCUCGACCAUCGCCCACGUCAUGCAGACGGGCCUGGGAAGCCCUGUCGGUGCUGCCUCGUCCUUGACCGCCGAGGAGACCGAGCUGGCCCUGCGCAGCGGCCUCCUCAUGGUCCCGCGCAUCUACAAGGACGUGCGCCGCAACAAGAUGCUGUCGCUUAACACUCCAGACUGGGCGAACCUGCACCUGAUUCCCGAUGCGCCACUCUACCAGGAGGACCGCCCGCUGCGCCUCCACGUUGGCAUGCCGGGCAUGCUAGACUCCUUGGUGUUUGACGAUGACGAGGCGUACGAGGACUACGCCGAUGCCGACACCAUUGAGAUUGACCCUCGCGCGUACGGCGUCAACUUUCGCGAUGUCAUGGUGGCUCUGGACCAGCUACGCGAGCGCGUCAUGGGGGUGGAGGUCGCCGGCAUCAUCUCGCGCCUGGGCAGCGAGGCUGCCGCGCAGGGCUUUGCAGUGGGCGAUCGCGUCUUUGGCUUCCUGCGUGGGCCCUUUGCCAGCAUAGCCCGCAUCGGCUGGCAGGCUAUGGCGCACAUGCCUGAGGGGAUGUCGUUCGAGGACGCGGCGUCUCUCCCCAUCGUCUUUGGCACCGCCUAUGAGUGCCUCGUGAACGUGGCCCGCAUCCAGCCCGGCCAGUCAGUCCUGAUCCACGCUGCCGCCGGAGGCGUGGGCCAAGCAGCCAUCAUAUUGGCAAAGGACUACCUUGGGGCCGAGGUCUACGCCACGUGCGGCUCCCAGGAGAAACGUGAGCUUCUGAUGCGCGAGUAUAACCUGCCGGCUGAGCGCAUCUUCAACAGCCGCAACGACUCCUUUGCGCCAGGCAUUCUGGCCGCCACAGGUGGGCGCGGCGUCGAUAUGGUGCUCAACUCGCUGGCAGGACCGCUGCUGCAGGCCAGCUUCGAUGUUUUGGCGCCCUUUGGCCACAUGGUGGAGAUUGGCAAGCGGGAUCUGGAGGGCAGCAGCCUCCUUGACAUGGCCACCUUCUCACGGGUCGCAUCCUACACAUCUGUAGACGUUCUUCGCACGUUCCGUGAGCGUCGUGCCCAGUGCUACCGCCUCAUCAGCGAGGUGGCCCGUCUCGCCGGCCAAGGCGUCGUCAGGCCUGUCCACCCUGUUACUGUCUACCCUAUGGGCCAGAUCGCCAAGGCCUUCCGUCUCCUACAGACAGGAAAGCAUAUGGGCAAGGUUGUGCUGUCGACCUCGCCCGACCAGCAGGUCAAGGUGCUCCCGCGCGUGCCCAGGGCAAAGCUCAGGGCUGACGCGUCGUACCUGAUCAUCGGCGGUGUCGGUGGUAUCGGUCGGUCGGCGGCGUUCUGGAUGGCUUCCCACGGUGCCAAGAACAUUAUCGUCCUCUCUCGGAGUGCCGGCAACGUCCAGAAGAACGCCUCCUUCGUGGCCGGGCUUCGCGAGGCUGGGUGUCGGGUGGUGGCCCUCAGCUGCGAUGUCACCGACAGAGACGACCUGGCGAGGGCGCUUCGCACGUGCGAGAGCCAUGAGCAGCUGCCGCCCAUCCGCGGCAUCGUGCAGGGCGCCAUGGUCCUGCAGGACUCGAUCCUCGAGAACAUGACGAUAGACGACUGGCAGGCGACCAUCCGGCCCAAGGUCGCGGCCACCUGGAACCUGCACUCGUACUUCUCGCGGCCUGGCUCGCUCGACUUCUUCGUCAUGCUCUCGUCGCUCUCGGCCAUCUUCGGCUGGGCCAGCCAGUCGAGCUACGCCGCCGGCGGGACCUAUGAGGAUGCGCUGGCACGCUUCCGCGUUGCCCGAGGCCUGCCAGCCGUGUCGCUGGACCUCGGCGUGGUCGUCAACGUCGGCAAUGAAGCCAUGACCGUGACAGACAGGCUGGCCAAGUCUGGCCAGUCACUGCGCUUGUCCGACGAGCUGGUGAUGCAGGCCCUUCGGAUCGCCAUCCUCGAGCCUUUCCAACAGCCCCAGAUUCUGUACGGCUUGAACCCGGGUCCGGGCCCGCAUUGGGACGCGACAAACAAGUCGCCCAUGGGCCGUGAAGCCCGUUUCAUGCCUCUACGGUACCGCCAGCCGACCGGGGCACGAGGCCAGACACAGCAGCAGGACGAGUCGGAUGCUAGUGCAAAGCCGCUCUCGACACGGCUGCAGGAGGCUGACUCCCCUGUCGAGGCAGAGCGGCUGGUGGGCGACGCCAUCGCCGCCAAGCUGGCUGAGAUCUUCAUGAUCCCCACCGGGGACAUUGACAUGACACAGCCGCCAGCCUCGUUCGGUGUCGACUCGCUCGUUGCCGUGGAGCUCAGGAACAUGCUCAUGCUGAAAGCCGCCGCCGAUAUGCCCAUCUUUAAUAUUCUGCAAAGCGCCUCCCUAGCUACCCUGGCCGGCGACGUGGCCGCCAAGAGUGCCUAUGUGACGCCCAUUCUAGAGGUGGCUGUUUAA